AUGGUGCAGAAUAACAUAAUUGCGCCAGUGACUGAGCCAUCCGAGUGGGUUCAUCCCAUCGUUGUCGUCACUAAAAAGAACGGAGCAGUACGUCUGUGCCUUGACCCAAGGAACCUGAACAAAGCCUUGAAGAGACAGCACUACCCCAUACCAGUUGCUGAGGAGCUCUUCGCUAGCCUCGAUGGCUCCACAGUUUUUUCGGUGCUGGACGCGAAAAGUGCCUUAUGGCAGCUCACCCUCGACGAACCUAGUUCACGACUCUGUACUUUCACAACACCAAGGGGUCGUUACCGUUUUCUCAGAGUCCCAUUUGGACUAGCUAACGCACCUGAACUGUUCCAACAGGCUAUUGACAGAGUGUUUGAAGGACAGACUAUCGUAAAACCCUAUUUUGAUGACAUCCUCAUAGCUUCAAAAACGUCGAAAGACCACGCGGCCCAUCUCCGAGCUGUUUUGACCAUCGCUAGAGACAACAAUUUGAAGCUCAACAAGGCAAAACUGAAGGUGGGACUCCCGUCAAUUACGUACUUGGGACAUAAGCUUUCAUCGGAAGGGUUAGCUCCAGACCCUGACAAAGUGCAAGCCAUCAAGGCCAUGCCAGCUCCUUCAGACAAGUCAGAGUUACAAAGAUUCCUAGGCAUGGUAACUUAUCUAAUGAAGUUUGUACCGAAUUUGUCGACGAUUACAAGCCCCUUACGGGAGCUUCUCAAAGAAGAUGUGGCAUGGCAUUGGACAACACAGCAACAAGAGGCCUUCAACCUCCUCAAGCAAAAGCUCUCUACAGCGCCUGUACUUCGGUACUUCGAUCCAACGAAACCUAUCACAAUCUCAACAGAUGCCAGUUCAUUUGGCAUGGGAUCUGUUUUGAUGCAGGAGCGUAAACCAGUUGCAUAUGCAUCAGCAGCUUUGACCCCUCCUCAACAGCGCUAUGCGCAAAUAGAAAAAGAACUUCUAGCUGUGGUGUUUGCAUGUGAACGGUUUCAUUAUCAUGCACUAGGCCGCUGUGUGACUGUUGAGACAGACCACAAACCGCUAAUAGGACUACAGAGCAAGGACUUGACAAAAAUGUCACCGAGACUGCAAAGGCUGUUGCUUCGACUUCAAGGGUACAGCAUUAAACUCGUGUAUGUCCCAGGAAAGCAAUUAACUGUCGCUGAUGCACUUUCGAGGGCUCCAGAUCCAGCAUCCAGGGUCCAAACUGCAGACGCUGAUCCAGGGCUUCUGGUGUCCACCUUGGUGCAAGCGUCUCCUACCAAACUCAAACAAAUUCAAGAGGCAACCAGUCGAGAUCCAGCUCUACAGCAACUAGCCAAGUAUAUUCAACAAGGAUGGCCAGAGCAUAUGGCUGAUGUUCACCCUACGGCAAGACCAUAUUUUCAUGUAAGAAGUGAACUCGACGUUACAGAUGGCUUCGUUUGUUUGGGACAGCGCUUAGUUAUCCCAGCUGAUCUUCAAGCAGAUGUUCUUCGAAAAGUUCACCAAGCACAUCGGGGCAUUGUCGCAUUUAAAAGGCUGGCAGGCGAGAGUGUCUAUUGGCCAACUCUCAACAAGGACGUUGAGGACCUAGUGUCUAGCUGCAUCAUUUGCCAGUCUGGCCAGAAAGCAAACCCCCACCAACCACUGCUUGACAGAGAUCUUCCAACUCGACCAUGGGAAAAGUUAGCUGUUGAUCUUUUCCAUUGUCAAGGUGCCACGUACAUCCUUGUUGUUGAUUAUUUUUCGAAAUACGUCGAAGUGAAGCGUAUGGACACUACAACUGCAACAUCUGUAAUACUUUUUCUCAAGGACAUUUUUGCUCGUUUUGGGAUCCCCACUGUUCUCGUUUCGGACCAGGGUCCACCAUUCAGUUCUGAAUCUGUUAAGACGUUUUUGCAAGAAUGGGAUAUUGAUCAUGAGCCAUCCUCACCAGGGUACCCACGGUCCAACGGCCAGGUAGAACGAACGAUUCAAACUUUCAAAUCCAUGCUGAUUAAGUCUUACAGCGAAGGCAAGGACUUAUCAGUGGUCCUGUUAAACUACCGAGCUACCCCGAAUAUUGGAUCCCUUUCACCAGCAGAAUUGCUGAUGGGAAGAAAACUUCGAACCUUUGUGCCAACCCUGCCACAAAACCUGGAUCCCCUAUUCUCGACGGAUGCUCAUCGACAGCUUCUGAAGCGUAGGCAGAGAGCACAGCACAAGCAUGGCGAUAACCACACCCGAAUGCUAUCGACACUUGAGAGGUGUCAGCCGGUGUGGCUGAAGCACAAGAAGUCCUGGCAAAAAGGAGUAAUCAUUCAGGUUGGACCUGAGCCAAGGCGCUACACAGUGCGAACCACCAGUGGUGCUGUGUAUGUACGUAACCGUGUUCAUCUGAGGCCACGAGUCCACGUGACUGAUGGUUAUCGUAGUUCUCCUGAAGACUACAAUAUACGGGACUUUCUUCGACCUACAAAUGCAAGUGAUCUACAGCUACCAGCUGAGGAUACCGACACUCGCCGUAUUGAAGCAAGGGAUCUACAGCCAUUAAGCGAUGCGAGCCAUUGUCGUGCCGAAGUGGGUCAAUCUCCAACGUAUCCUGUAACUCGCUCAGGAAGGACCAUACGUCCACCUACAAGAUACCAGGACUAUAUUACUAAGUAA